AUGCCACGUGAGACUAAGGAGCAAAAUUCUCAUCAAGAAGAUGCCAAGCAAGUAGAAUCACAUGGAGCAUUAUCGCAAAGAUCAGAAGGGAAUGAGUCCACAAUUCAUGAGCAGGGAAAAUCCUGCGAGAUUCAGCACAGACCAGAGAGAGAGCAAGGAAACCAGGCAGGGGAGAAAGCGGAUACAUUAAUUUCCUGUCGGGGAACUCAGAAGGACCUCAUGGAAACUACAGCCCAGCAGGAAAUCCCCAGGGGAAAGAGAGAAAAUACAUGCGCUGAGUGCGGGAAAACCUUUAGUCAUGGCUCAUCUCUUAUUAGACAUCAGAGAAUCCACACAGGUGAGAAGCCGUAUGAGUGCAGCGAGUGCGGGAAAACCUUCACUCAGAACUCAAAUCUCACUAGUCAUCGGAGGAUCCACACUGGGGAGAAACCCUACGAAUGUGGCGAGUGUGGGAAAAGAUUCACUCAGAGCUCAGAACUUACAACACAUCACAGAAUCCACACGGGUGAGAGACCCUAUGAAUGCGGCGCAUGCGGGAAAACCUUCGCUCGCAGCUCAGACCUGACUACACAUCAGAGAAUCCACACGGGAGAGAAACCUUAUGAAUGCGGUGAGUGCGGGAAACGAUUCACUCAGAGCUCAGAACUUACAACGCAUCACAGAAGCCACACGGGUGAGAGACCCUAUGAAUGCGGCGAGUGCGGGAAAAGCUUCGCUCGGAGCUCAGACCUGACUACGCAUCAGAGAAUCCACACAAGAGAGAGACCCUGUGAAUGCGGCGAGUGUGGGACAAACUUCAGUGGCAGCUCGGCCUUCCUUCAACACCAGAGAAUCCACGUGCAGCAGAGACCCUACAUAUGCCACGAAUGCGGGAAUACCUUCGCUCAGAGCUCAGCCCUGACUACGCAUCAGAGAAUCCACACAAGGGAAAGGCCCUACAAAUGCAAUGAGUGCGGGAAAACCUUCACUCACAGCUCAAACAUCAUUCAGCAUCAGAGAAUCCACACGGAGGAGAAACCUUACAAGUGCGGUGAGUGCGGGAGAGGCUUCACUCAGCGCUCAAGCCUCACUGCGCAUCAGAGAAUCCACACAAAGGAAAAGCCCUACUUAUGCUGUGAGUGCGGGAAAGACUUCACUAACAGAUCAGGCCUUGUUAACCAUCAGCGAAUCCACACAGGGGAGAAACCGUACGAAUGCCGCGAGUGCGGGAAAAGCUUCGCUCUGAGCUCAUCCCUCAUCAUACAUUGGAGAAUCCAUACAGGCGAGAGGCCUUAUGAAUGCUGUGAGUGUGGGAAAAGCUUCACUUACAGCUCAGCCCUUACUAAACAUCAGAAAACCCAUACAGGAGAGAGGCCCUAUGAAUGCCGUGAGUGUGGGAAACGCUUCACUAGCAGCUCAAACCUUUCUAAACAUCAGAUAAUCCACACAGGGGAGAGGCCCUAUGAAUGCCGUGAGUGUGGGAAAACCUUCACUUACAAAUCAACCCUUCUUAAACAUCAGAGAAUCCACACGGGUGAGAAACCUUAUGAGUGCAGCGAGUGCGGGAAAACCUUCACACAGAACUCAAACCUCAUCAGACAUCAGAGGAUCCACACCGGGGAGAAACCCUACGAAUGCGGCGAGUGCGGGAAAAGAUUCACUCACAACUCAAACCUUCUUGUACACCAGAGACUCCACACGGGGGAGAAACCCUACGAAUGCGGCGAGUGCGGGAAAAGAUUCACUCACAGCUCCGAACUUACAACGCAUCAGAGAAUCCACACUGGGGAGAAGCCCUAUCAGUGCUGCGAGUGCGGGAAAAGCUUCACGGCCAGCUCAGCGCUCAUUACACAUGAAAGAAUCCACACGGGAGAGAGACCCUAUGAAUGCUGCGAGUGCGGGAAAAGCUUUGCUGUCUGCUCAGCGCUCAUUACACAUCAUAGAGUCCACACAGGAGAGAGACCCUAUGAAUGCUGCGAGUGUGGGACAAACUUCAGUGACAGCUCAGCCUUCCUUCAACACCAGCGAAUCCACACGGGAGAGAGACCCUACGUAUGCUGCGAAUGUGGGAAAAGCUUCACUCGCAGCUCAGACCUGACUACGCAUCAGAGAAUCCACACGGGAGAGAGGCCCUAUGAGUGCGGCGAGUGCGGGAAAAGCUUUGCUCAGAACUCAAACCUCAUUGCACACCAGAGAAUCCAUGCAGACGAGAAACCCUACGAAUGCGGGGAGUGUGGGAAAAGCUUCACGCGGAGCUCAAACCUCAUUGCGCAUCGGAGAAUCCACACAAAGGAAAAGCCCUAUGAAUGCUGUGAGUGCGGGAAAAGCUUCACCGACAACUCAGCUCUUAUCACGCAUCAGAGGAUCCACACGGGGGAGAAACCCUACGGAUGCCGUGAGUGCGGGAAAACUUUCACUCAGAGCUCAAACCUCAUUGCACAUCAGAGGAUCCACACGGGGGAGAGGCCCUAUGAAUGCUGCGAGUGCGGGAAAAGAUUCACUCAGAGCUCACAACUUUCUACGCAUCAGAGAAUCCACACGGCAGAGACACCCUCCAAAUGCUAA